AUGUCUAAAAGUGCCGCUAUCGUCUCAAGCGGUCUGCCCAGUUCAGUCUUAUUACCCCCAACAUAUACUCUUGCUGUAGUUAGUACUAAUCCGUUAUCAGGUAAAUCGUCAUUAUGUAAACGUUUAAUUGAUUCGAAUAUUGAUAAUUAUCGAUUAUUUCAAUCGCUUACACAUUCGCAACAAAAUGCAACUUGGUUUUAUUGGGGCUCAGUAAAACAUCGACGGUCAGAUGAAAAACGUGAAGCAUUAUUUCAUUUAAUUGAACAUUCGACGAUCGCUAUCGAUGAUAAUGAACAAUAUGAUAAUUACAUUAAACGUAUUACAUCGUUAACAUUACGAAGUGAAGAAAAAUUUCUCUCUGAUUCCGAAUAUCCACAAGUGAAAGCAUUUCCAAAAGAUAAAGUAACGAUCGAUGCUUUUUUAUGUAUACAUGAUUUGUCAUCCACAAAACAAAUCUCCGAUCUUUUAUUUCUCCUUCAUUCCUUAUUCAAAACUCGUCGACCAGUACUAAUCAUUACUACAAAGAACGAUUCCAUCGAAAAUCAAACCAAUCUCGCAUUACAAUUCGAACAAUCUCUACGACGUGCACCUUCCAACGAUUCACAACUAUUAUCUCAAAUACCGAUUAUUCACACAUCGGCUCACGAACAUGUCAAUAUCCAAGCUGUUCUCGAACUUGCACUCUAUGCGUGCGAUGAACCCAGUUUAUUAUCAUCACGGAAAGUGUCGUAUGCAAAUGUUUCUCUAACGAAAUUCGUGCCACCGACAUACGAAGAUGCGUAUCGAAAUGAACAAUCAUUAAAACAUGUAACUCAAGAAGAAUAUCGAACGUUAUUGACGCGACAUGUUUUAGACUUCCGAUCGACAUCUUGGUUGAAAUUUUAUCAAAGUUGGCAACAUCAUACAAGUGUUCGGACAUUCAUUGAUAUGUUUGGCAAAGAACAAUCUGAACGAUUGUAUGAUGAACAUAUCGAAGAACUAAAACGACUUGCAAGACAGAAAUUAAUUGAUGAAAGAUUAAUUCCGAUUAUCGAAUCACUUAUUACAGAUCAAAAAACGAAAUUUUCCAGAAAUUGGGAUUAUGUACGUUCACAAAUGCAAAAACAUCCUUGCUAUUCGUCAACUGUGAUACCAUCAUCAAUGUGGUCAGAUGCUGAACAAAACAAUGUCAAUCAUUCCUCGAAAUUAAUCAUUCCCGAUGAUUUACUUGAUACACCCGAAGCUCGCCUUUGUUUUGAAUCUUAUAUCAACAAUCGGCAAUUGGAACAAACUCGUCGAUCUAAUUGCCGGUCGUUUUUUGAACUACUCAAUCGAUUUUCCGAUGCUGGUCUUGUUCAAUAUGGUCAUGCAUAUGAAAAAGAUUGUGUUUAUUUUCUCGGUCGUGAAUGUUAUGAAUCAUUAACUGCUCAAGAUCGUUUGCGUGUGUUUGCAUUCCAUCAAUCCUAUCUCUAUCGUUCCAUAUGUUUGAAAUUUGUCGAAUUACUAUUCGAAUCCUUAGAAAUUUUUAUCGAUACAUUUCAUCAAAUGAAUUCAGCAACAACAAAUCAAUCAACUAAUGAUAGAAAAAUCACUACAUUAACCAUUGAUGACAUUUUUGAAAAGGAAAUCAUUCAACAAAUAAAAUAUGACCCUCGAUACAAAGCGUUGAAUAAUCGUGAGACUGAUCGUCAUCGAUUGAUCAUGUGUCAUUGUCAUUUUCUAUACGAUUGUAUCUACUAUCCACCAGCCCGGAAUCUGAAUCGAUUGAUCAAAGAACGGAAACGGUCAUUCCGACGACGUAAAUCAUCAACAUUAAGUUUAUUCAACAACAACUUUCAUGUUGACGAUAAUUUUUGUCCAUAUACAAGAAAAAUUCAGUCAAAUUCAAUAAAUGAUAAUGAAAAUGUCGGUAAACGAAAGUUCGAAAUCGGAUGUCCGAUGGAAGAGACAUGUGCGGAUGUUCGAAUCUUGAAUGAAUUUUUCUCCAGAUUACCAGCGAAAAAAAUUGCUCACAGAAAUCUUCUACUUUGUGGAAAUGAGAACGAUAUGAAUAAUUAUUUGCGAAUUAUUUCAAACGAUUCAUCUCUUAUGAAUGAUUUCUCAUUCAAUCUAUGGACAUUGAACAAUGUCAAAAAUCAAUCAAUUGAUGCUUGCCUUAUUGUGUCAUCAACCGGCCAGAAAAUCUUGGAAGAUUAUGUUUCUCACAAGAAAAUCUCUCUUGAUAUCGAUACUAUUCCAAUCGUGAAGCUCAACUCUCAAACAUCUGAUCGUUCUGAUAGUAACAUUCCGGAUUCGUAUUCAAUUAAACAACUCAGGUUAUCACUCGAACAAGUGUUCUCGAAUGAGGAAAAGUUUUCCAAGAAAAGUUCAACGGACCUUCGAAUUCUCUUGUGUUUUAUGUGUGGCGGAGAGACAAAUGAUAUCGAAAUCUUUUUUUCUCAAUUAGCAACUCGAUUUUCUCUCGUAACGACGAAUCAACAUGGAGAUACAUCAUUUAUUAUCACAACAUCUCUUGAUCAUGACAAUCGAAAAAUUGAAUUCAUUCCGAUUUCAUUCCAUGCGUUAUUUGCUAUGAAAUUAACCGAUUUCGAUGGUUUUAUUCUCUUCUACGAUCGCGAUCGAAAAGCCGCAGUCAAUACAAUGACAUAUUUGGAAAAAUAUCUUUCGAAAACUUUACCGAAUGAUCUAUCAAAAAAAGCGGAUGAUAAUCAAGAAAUCAACGGAACAAUCAUCACACGUCCACCAAUCUAUGUUCUCUGUUGUAUCAAAGACUCAGUUCUUUCAAAUAUGAAGAAAUAUCUUCAAGCUGACUACUGUAUUCAAUGCCAUAGCGGAACAAUUCGAAAUUUCGUUGAAUCUCAUCUCGCUUCCUUCCUUCAACAAUGUUGGAGUGAAAAACAUGGAAAUACAACUGAUAACAAUCACGAACAAAACGAAGAUCUUCUCGCAGGUGUUACAUCUUAUUUCAAUCGUGCGACUCAUUCGUUUACUCAUGAUAUAAUGACAUGUAGUCUUGAUCGUCCGAGAAAACAAUUGAUCAAUACUCAUGAUGAUGAGCGUACUAGUUCAUUAAUUCUAUCAACUCGAUCGAACGAACAUUCACCUAAACAUCGACCUUCUUUACUAACACCAACAAAUCAUGAACAAAUGUUUUCUUAUCAUUCAUUUCCACACCUAUCAAUUUCAAGCAAUGGUACUGAUUCGACAAUAGUUCCAACAACACCUGUUGAUCCAUCCGUUACCAAUCUUGGCUUACUGUCUCCAACAUCGGUUUCAGCUUCUUCCAUAUCGGAUGGUCACGUUAAAAAAUCGACCAGUAUGCGAUUCGCCAAGCUAAUCGAACAUCCAAUCAAUUAUUUAACAUUUAACGCCGAUGGAAGCAGUUACCAAUCAUCACUUGGCAAUGAAAAUUCAUUAGCAGCACGUAGACGAAUCAACGAAAUCCCAUCAAGGUUAUCAUCGACAGACGAGAUGAAAUUUCAUCUAUACAAACAUCGAACUGCUGCUCAUGUGAAAGUACCAUUGGCAACACCUGAAAUAAUUGAAUUUAACGAAGCAAUAACAACACCUUUUUCUAUUCAACAACGAUAUGAUACAUCAUUGGUUUUAACAAAUAAUAAUACAGAUGAUAUACAUCCCGUCAAUUCUUCAUCAUCAUCACCACCUACAAGUCAUCAUCAAAAUCAAAAUCAUAAAAAUACUGUAAAAGAAUCGAUUACAGAUUCAUCAAAAAAAACGACAGCAACUGAUUCAUCGGUCGAUAGUUCAAGUGAUGAACGUUUACAAACUCAGCCAGAAUCGUCAUCGACAUUACAAAAUAUUCAUUCGCCUACAAAUAAUCAACAACAAAACCCCGUUACUUUACAACGAAAAGUCUCCGAUAGAAGAUCGAAACGUGUCCGAGCGAAACAAAAUGAUGUCACAGGUUUAGCAUCAAGCACUGAGAUAUUAAAGAAAAAUGGAUCGGAUGAUGAAGUAUUAGCGGAUGAUGAUAAACACUCACAACAACAACAAUAUCAGAAAAAGAAACGUCGGCCAAGUUUUAAACGACGGAAAAAAGCUGUCUAUGAUCACACGCAAACAGAUUCAGGAAUUGAUUCACGUAUGGAUCCGAAAGGUAAAGGUAAAUGUAAUAUUGCUCCCGAACCGUCAUCGUCGUCGAAUGUUGUUAUAUCGAAUGAAGAUGAUUCAAGUCUUGGUGAUUACACAAAAGAUAGUAAAAAUACAUCCAUCGAAGAAUUGGAAGAACGACCAACAGCGAAUUGGAUUCGUCGUCAAUUACAAUAUUUCGCUCAAGCUCGACGUGAUAAAAACGAAUUGAAAUCUCGUUCUCCUGCUGCUACUAUCACAUCUGUUUCCUCUCCGCCAAUUCCUUCAUUCAAAGCAACAAUGACUGCAACUUCUCCGCAUACAACUGCAUCUCUUCUUACAUCUGUAGAAAAUUCUCAUUCCCACAGUCCGGCUCGGAUAUCAUUGAGUCGUUGCGUACAAUCUUCGGAAUCAGGUGUACCGUUAUUUAUGGAAAAAUGCAUUCAAUAUAUUGAAGAAUAUGGAUUAAGUGUUGAAGGGCUCUAUCGAGUAUCGGGGUAUAAAAACCAAGUGGAAUUAGUGAUAAACAAACUUACUGAAGAUCCAACGUGUGAUCUUCAUUCAUUGCAAGUUCCAGCUAGUGCAGUGGCAACAGCAUUGAAAGACAUGAUGAGAAAACUUGAUGAGCCACUUUUAUCGUUAGAAUUAUUUGAAGAAUGUCAAAAUCUCACAAUCGAUCAGUUACGUGAACAAGAUUUUAUUCCAUUACGAAAAGUUUUUAUUCGUACAAGUGAACUCAAAUAUCGUACAAUCAAAUUUAUUUUCAAACAUCUGCACUUUGUUUCACAACAUGCUGCUUCGACUCAUAUGGAUUCCUCGAAUCUUGCUGUGCUAUGGUGGCCGAACCUAUUUCAACCUCAAUUUCCGGAUUUACGUACGGCUGAACAAACAUGUCAAAAAACGAAACCGUUAAUUCAAGCGAUUAUUGACAAUUACCCAACGAUUUUUGUAUCUGAUGAAAUAAAUUAA